AGAUAUUUUAUGGAUAUUUAUAGAUAUUUUCCUCAUAGAAUGUGGAGGAUGGGGUUAACGAGACCAAGGAGCUGCGCAGUAUUGCGGAGUCUUACCAAACACAGGUUUUGAUCCUUGAACAGAACCUAACUGCUACAGAAAAGGAACGCAAUAAAGCAGAGAAAGACCUAGAGGAAUUGAGGAUUAAGAAACGACAAAUUGAAGAAGAUUAUCUUAGAGAUAAGAGCAAACUUUUGCUUGAACUUGCACACUUGAAAAGAAAUGGCAACAACAGUGUAAAAUAUGAGAAGGCAGGAUGCACAGAGUUACAAGAAGCUUUAGUGAAGAUCUCUCAAUUAGAAAGAGAGACUGCCACCUUAGAGGAGGAAAAGGGUCACUUGCAUAAUCAGUUGAUAGAAAAUAAAGACCUGUUUGAGCAUCUAAAGGGAGCAAACUUGCAACUUGAAAGUCAUCAGAGAACUCUUGUGAAAGAGAAAGAGGAUCUUGAGAAAGAUGUUGCUGAGCUUAGUAAAAAACUGAUGUCUGUUCAAGAUGAAAGAAUGGCAGAACAGUUAGAUACUUCUUCCCUCAAGGCUAAUAAUGUAAGUAUCACUAAUCAAGUGAACACUUUGAAGAAUGAAAUUCAGGAUAAAGAAGAACUCAUUAAUUCUUUGAAUGAACAACUCUCAGCUCAGAAAAGAGCCUGUGCAACUGCUGUUGCUGAAAAAGAGGAACUGGCAACUGUGAACAGUGAGUUGUCUGUAAAGGUAGAGAAUUUGAAGGAAACUGUUAAUUCCAUAACUUUUGAUGAGUUACCCAAUGAACAAACUACUUCAUUAGAAAAAGAAAUGAGAAAGGUUAGAGAUGAGCUUAGAAAGGAAAAAGAGCUAAAUGCACUUCUAAAGGAAAAAGAAGAACUGCUUAGCAAAGUGGAGGAAGAAAGAGAAGGGUUACUAGUUAAGGUGGAAGAGGAAAAAGAGGCAUUGGCUCAAAAGGUGAACGAAGAGCAAGAACGAUCUCGUUAUGAGGUAACUUGUGAACGUGAGAGGAAUGCUGAAGCUAUAAGGGCUCUUAAAACAGAGAUUGAAUCCUUGAAAUUAGAUCUUGAGGAUGCUAAACAAACCUUAGAGGAAAAGAAUAAGUCUGAGCACAAUUUAUGGAAUACUUUGCAAGAAAAGGAUGCACAAUUAAAGGAAAAUGCAAGUUACUUGAAUGAACAAGUACAGCUUAAAGAAGAAAAUGAACAGCUGAAACUUAAAUUAGAGAAAAGGAAUCAACUGUCAAAUGAUGAAAUUGAGCAGUUAAAGGCAAGUGCUGAGAAGGAAAGGGAACUUAGACAGCAAGCUGAGCAAGAGAGACAACAUGUAGAUGAACUUUUAAUAUCAGUGAAAUCUGAGCUAGAAAAAAUUCAGUGUGAGAGGGAUAGAUUAAAAGAGGAGCUUGAAUGUUCACAAGAGUCACUCUUAAAGUAUAAGGGAGAAAGAGAACAUUAUAUAACACAGCUGAAGGAAGAAAAUGAGUCCUUUACCAGCAAAUUGGAUGACCUUGAGAAAGUAGUUUCUCUAAUGACAGAAAACAAAGGGAGUCUGGAGUUACAGUUGGAGAAGGCUAAAGAACAAUUGGAAGAAGUAAAAGGUGUGGAGGUUCGUCUCAGAGCACAGGUGCUGGAAAUCAAGGAAGCUGAAUCAUUGCUCAAGGAACAAAAGCUGUCUAGUCAACAAGAGUUGCUCUCAUGCAAGGAGAAUCUCCUUACUUUACGAGCAUCCCUUGCAAUGCUUAAAGAAGAAAACACUUCGUUGAAGGAUAAAGCUGAAAACUCUUCAAAACUUCAACAAGAAUUGAAGUUGAAAGUCAAAGAGAAAGAUGAAGUCAUUGCAUCCUUGAAUGCAAAGGUUGAAAGCUUGGAUCGGAAGUUAAACAAUGCAGAGCAUGGUUUAGAAAAAAGAGAAAGAUACUUAGAAGAGGAAUUAGAUGCAGCUAGGAAGAAAUGUGACUGCUUGGAAAAGGAAGUACAAGCAGUCCGAGAAGCACGGCAGGAAGAAGUAAGCCAGUAUACUUCACGUGUUGAAGAACAAGAAGAAAAAAUACAACAAAAAGACCUUGAAGUGUCAACUCUGCAACAGGAGGUAAAAAGGCUGCUGCAAAUGUCCAUGACAUCUUCUAUGUGUAAUGAGACUCAGAAUACAUCAGAAUUAUCUACCUCAAAGAAAGAGAAGGAAAAAGAAGAUACAUGUGUCCAGACUCUAAUAGACGAAUUAAGACUAAGUGAAACCAACAAGGAAUCAUUAGUGAAGGAAGUGCAAGACCUAAAAAGUCAACUGGAAAAAUUGAGUUUAGUAUCUUUUGCCAAGCCAACGCCUUCCAAGUCUCCUAGGAAAAAGAUUGCUUAUUCAGAUCUUGAAGAGUCUUCAGAACUGGACAAAGCCCUCAUUGCACCCACCCUAAGAGCAGGAGCACUCGGAAAACACGUACACCGAUGGCUCUGCGAUCAAAUCAGGAGGAUACUAUUUCCAAUUUUGAGAGUGUUGAUGUUGCUGCACCCUCGCCUAAAAGCAGAGUGCACGUAAACCUCGUAUGCCUGUGGUGACCCCUAUAGAGUUAGAUUCUACUACUGAAGACUUUGUUACUGAUAUAAAGACAACUGUUAAUUCCAAAAGUAAGAAUUCUUCCCGCCCUCAACGAUCUUCACGUCGUCAGCCCAAGAUGUU